UUUUCUUUAAAGGAUGGCUUUCUUCAAUAGCUUCUUCCAAAAAAUUAGUCAAGAUGGCAGCAAGGGAUCUCCAGCCCCUUUUCAAGAUGCAGGACCCUCAGGAACAGUCAAGUUUUCACAAGCCUUUAAUGCCCAGAAUGAUGCUGCAGUUCUGAAGAAAGCCAUUGAGACAAAAGGUGUGGAUGAAGCAGCUAUUAUAGAGGUGCUGGCAAAGAGGAGCAAUGCACAAAGACAGCAGAUUAAAGCAGCUUAUCAACAGAGCACAGGAAAGCCUCUGGCAGAUGCACUGAAAAAGGCUCUUUCCUCCCAUCUUGAGGAUGUGGUCCUGGCCUUGCUGAUGACCCCCUCUGAAUAUGAUGCUUUUGAGAUGAGAAAAGCCAUGAAGGGUCUUGGGACAAAUGAGGCUGUAUUAAGUGAAAUUCUUGGGACCAGAACAAACAACGAGAUCAAAGCCAUGAAAAAUUCCUUCAGAGAAGCAUAUGGGGAGCUGCUGGAGGAAAAUAUCAAAAGUGAAGUUAGUGGACAACUUGAAACUACCCUGCUUGCCCUUUGCCAGGCCACCAGACCUGAAGGCUACAACAUUGACGAUGCGCUUGCACACACUGAUGCAAAGGCUCUAUACGAGGCAGGAGAGCAUCGGAUUGGUACUGUUGUUUCAGUCCUGAUUGAUGUUCUUACAACCAGGAGUGAUGCUCAGUUGGUCAAAACUUUCCAGUAUUACGGCCAAUUAAGCAAGAAGGGUUUUGCCAAAGCUCUUGAGAGUGAGCUGCAUGGACACCUUGAAGACUGCCUGCUGACCAUUGUGAAGUCUGCCUGGAACAAACCGGCAUACUUUGCAGAAAAACUCCAUCUUGCGAUGAAGGGUUUGGGAACUGACAAUGACACGCUGAUCAGAAUCAUUGUGAGCCGUUCAGAAAUUGACCUGACAAAAAUCAUGCAAGAGUACAGUACUAUGCAAGGCCAAAGCCUUCAGGCGGCCAUUCAGAAAGAAACAAAAGGAGAUUAUCAGAAGAUUCUGCUGACAAUAUGUGGAGCUCACUAAUCUCCCCUGGAUUUUGAAACAUGUAUACAUAAUAUGUUAGUCUGAUUAUGUUCAUUACAUGUGAGUAGACUAUAAAGUGUUCCAUCCGAAAUGAAAAUAAAAGUCAUUGUGCGCACUGUAACUAUUACUGUUCAUUUACAGUAGGACAUACCUUGCUACAGUAGCAGUUUAUUAUAAUUAAAAUGAAUCAUCCUUCACUUGCUCUAAACCUGUUUGCCUUUCUUCUGUUCAACACUUAAGAAGAGAUUUAGAAAUAAGCUGAAAACCUGUAACCAUUGACUUCCAUAGUAUUAUUAUUUUUUCUUCUACAGAAGUCAGGGUUUCAGAAAUAUGUUCUUUAGUUCACAACAAAAUAAAGAAAAUCAGGUUUGAGACCACUUGAGAUUAGUAAAUGGUCAGCAAAUGUUCAUUUUUGCAUGAACUAUCCCUUUAAUUGGAUUGAAACUGCUGUAUAGAUUAUGCUUGUAUUGAAACUGCUGGCUGUGUUUUACAUUAUGAUUACCAGAUUUGUUUCUUUAAAAUGUGACGGACAUUACAUCGGAUGACAACUCAAGGAAGGAACACUCACACCUGUGUGUCUACUGUAAUUUUUUAAAAUAAAGAAUGCUCACUCUACUCAUAAA